AUGGUCUUGAGCGCAUUUCGCAGCUGGUUUCAGCAGAGCUCACCGCGUACGGGGCGGCGGCUUACGAUCCUCGCGCGGGGAAUCCCGCUGCUUGGGGCUCUUUUUCUCUUGAAUGUCAUUUUAUGGGUGAUUACGGCGAUUGUCUUUACCGUUUUUCAGCACCGCAUCAAGGACAGGCCGAGUCAGGACACGGACGCGGCGCGCCAGCUCUUGUCGAGUAAUGCAGACGACGUGUCAAAGAGCACAGGCACGCUUCUGAGCUUUGCGCUCGUCGCAUGGACCACGGGCCUGCGGCACGCGCUCGACGCGGACCACAUCUCGGCCAUCGACAACGCGACACGCCGCAUCAUGGCCGUGCCGCUGCGCAACGGGCCGGGAUUCCAGCGCCCGGUGACGGUCGGCCUGUUUUUUAGCAUGGGGCACUCGACGAUCGUCGUCGCGGUGCUUAUCGCAAUCGCCGUCUCGUUUACCGUGUACUCGCGCAUGGGCACCGUCUCGGACGUCGGUGGGAUUAUCGGCGCGUCAGUGUCCGGCUCCUUUUUGUUCAUCAUUGGUGUGAUUAAUACGAUCAUUUUGGUGCGCAGCGUGCACAGCAUGCGCAUGGAAAAAAAGCGCGGCAAGCGCGAAGCCGAGCAGGGCGACCUUGAAGGCGCGCAGCAGCCCAGCAUCGACGACGCGUACGGUAAUGAAGGGCGCAGCGCCGGGGAGCCGACCGAGGCUGCGGCGCAUGUCGACCGCGAAAAUGAUGCACGGGCCACCGAUGCGGCGGACGGAGAGGUGCACUCUGCGCCGCAGGCUGAUGCCUUGGACCAUGACGUCACGCAACAGGCUGCAUUGGAUCAUGACACGACACAUGAGGGCACCCACGAUGCUCUCCCGGAUAAGGAAACGACGCAUGAUGUGCCUGUGAACGAAGCUUUUACCCCCGCCAAGACGCCGCCGGCGCGCACUACCGAGUUCCGCGGGAUCUUUACGCGGCUCACAGGGCCGCUGCUGCGCGUCAUCGACCAUCCCUGGAAAAUGUACCCGAUCGGGAUCCUCUUCGGCCUCGGCUUUGACACGGCCAGCACCAUCUCUCUCUUGGCGAUUGCCGUGAUUGCAAGCUCGAGUCUGAGUGGCAGCUCGGAAGCGAACGGAAGCGUAGUGCUCCUCGCUUUUCUCUUUGCUGCCGGCAUGAUGUUGGUCGACAGCUGCGACGCAGUGCUGAUGGUCUGUGCGUAUGCAUGGGAAGAGCUGCAGGAGCAGCCGAAAUGGUACUCGAUCUACAUGAACGUUCCUAACGACUCCCCUACGAAAGAUCAUGACCUCGCGAUGAACGACGACGAUGCGAAAAACGCCCCCGAUAUGGCACACGAAAUUGCCGUGUCCACAACCCCAUUUACGCUCUUUCUUACCUUUUUGUCGAUCAUUAUUGCGUUCGUCGUAUCCAUCAUUGAAAUUCUCGGUCUCAUUGGCGACCAGUGCACACAGUGCUCCGACGCGGCCGACCGCCAGGAGGAAACGCACGACGGAGGGCUUGCAGGGCGCUGGUGGCUCUGGUGGCGCUGGUGCAACGACAACUUUGGCUACAUUGGUAUAGGCAUCACGGGCGUGUUCUUUGUCGCGGUCGCCAUCGCCCUCACCGUGACCAUUAUCCUCUCGCGACGCAAGCACAGGCGAUCGUCUCUAUAA